AUGGCACACUACUACCAAACCCUGAUCAUCACGCUUGUCGGCGCGGCGGCGCUGUCGCAGUUGGGGCGCUCGUUCAUGACGCUGAUCCACGAGACGGCCAUGGCGCCGCCGUGGAACCGCACCACCUUCACGAUCUGGAACAACGGCAUCAUGGAGCUGAUGAACCCGUUCCUCGUCGGGUGGAUCGUGUUCCACCCGUACGCCAAGACGAUAUUGGAGAAUGCAGGUGGCUAUUAA